AUGAGGUCAAAGAAAGCUGAGACCAUAACACCAUCAGCAGUGUCAUUACUAGAUCAGAUCUGUGGUCUAUCCAACCCAGAAUUAUGUCUAAACAGGGACACCCUCCCAGAUCCUGAGGGCACUUUGCUGGCAGAAUCUGAAACUCCCGGGAGCAGCAUCCCCGGGAGCCGGCGCUGGGUGCGAUCCUCAGAGGGGGCUCGGGACGGCCCUGCCCAGCGCCCCGGGCCCCCUCCCCCCCUCCCCGCCCCCGCCGGACGCUUCGGCUUUCCCGAGUGGCAAAGUGCAGAGGACAGAAGGGACCCCCGCCCCCUCCCCUGGGCCCCAACCCAGCAGAAGGGCCCCCUGCCCCCUGCCCCUGGCCGGCAGAGGGAACCCCAGCUCCCCCCGCCCCGGUCCGGCAGAGGGGACCCCAGCUCCCGCCGUCCGCCCCCUGUCCCGGGCCGGCAGGACGCUCGCGGGUCCGUGUCCGCGGGCUGCGGCGGCGGCGGGCGCGGGCGGAGUCCUAGGAGCGCAGCGCUUCGCACGGCAUCGGAGGGAGGGCAUCGGAGGGAGGGCACCGGAGGAGGGCAGCGGGCUCCGGGCUCCGGGCUGCGGGUUCCGGGGCUGCGGGGCUCCGAGGCUCCGGAGUUCGGGCAACAGCGGCCCCUGGCGGGGGACCCGGGCCUUCCCCUCCUCGCCCCUCCCCUGCCCCCGCCCCCGCCCCGCCCCGUCCGGUCCGCCCCGUCGGGGCCCGCGGGAUCCCCCAGCCCCCCAGCCCCCCAGCCCGGCCUUAGGACACCAGCGCCUUCGGGACGGGACCGGGAGAAAGUUUGA